GUAUGGAGUUCAGGUCACUCUCUGUAAUACUCUGGUUGAUUUCACUUGUUCAAUCUGGACAUGCUCAAGCUUGGUAUCAACCAACUUUAUCUGUGCAGCCUAACUGGUCACAAAUAUUCAGUGGCGAGUCCGUCACACUCACUUGUUCCUUUCCAAAAGGGAGAGUAACUGACUGGACAUUCUACUGGUACAGAGAGAACACUCAAUUUCAUCACACAGAUGAAAACUAUUACAUCAUAAGAGGCAUCACAGUGGAUCAGAGUUCGAAAUACUAUUGUUAUGUUUCCGAGAAACGUGGUUGAAUAGAGACUUUUUGGAGUAACAAAGUGACUCUCACAGUAACAGAGAGACCAAAAGCUUCACUGACCCUGGUGCCUACUGGACAGAUGUUUACUGGAGUGACUCUCAGAUGUGACAUACAAGGACACACAGACACUGAGUGGAGAUACAGCUGGUAUAAAGAUGGUGACAGUAACCGUCCAGUUCAUUCCUCUGAUGUGAAAAGGGAAUAUUCCCUCAGCGUUGUAGAGUCUGACAGUGGUAAAUACACCUGUAGAGGAGAGAGGAGGAGUGACUCUCAGAGCUUUACCCAGAGCUACACUGACUGUAGAACCCAGAUGGAGUCCUGUGUUCACUGGAGAGUCAGUGACUCUGAAGUGUGAGAUACAGUCUCACAGUAACUGGAGAUAUCAGUGGUAUAAAGGCAGCAGGAGAACUGCAGUCAGUCAGUCUCAGACAAAUACCUUCACCAUCAGAUCAGCAGCAGAUCAGGAUCAGUACUGGUGUAGAGGAGAGAGAGAUUACAGACCUUCAUCAUCACAGUUCAGUAACAGAGUGAAUCUCACUGUUAAAGCAGAAACACCUAAACCUGAACUCACAUCAAGCCAUAAAGGAGCUGCACUGAUAGGAAAUCCAGUGGUUCUGUACUGUGAGCUGGAUCAGUCUGCUGGAUGGAGGUUUUAUUGGUCCAAACACACACAGAGCCCUGAGAAUGAGACCAAGACUGAAACACACUCCUACACCAUCAGCUCAGUCAGUGUCUCUGAUGGAGGACAGUACUGGUGCAGAGCUGGGAGAGGAAACCC